GGGCACGCCCAUCUAUCUAUAUCUAAGAGCUAGAGAAGAUGGUGAAGUCACUGGAAGACUAUUGUCUAGCAUGUAUUGCUCGCCACAUUACCACCUUCAAUCGGCUAGGUAACCACCUGAGCCUCAGGCACAAAGAGGUUCUCCUGGAGAGAAUGUGUUGGCAUCAGCAACUCACCCCUGAAGUCACCCCAUCCAUUUUCUACAACCUCUUCUCACAUACCCUCCUCCGAGUGAACCUCUCCUACUCCCCUCAAGUCACGGAUCGUACUCUUGAGUUGCUAGGCAACAGCGGAUGCCUCCCAACCUCAAUCACUCUUAACGAUUGCCCCAAUGUGACUGACAGAGGGAUUUCCUGUCUUACCAGAAUCCUGAGGAAGACUGAGGUUCUCAAGCUGAAAAGGCUGCAUCAGAUAACUAGCAAGGGGCUGAAAUCUAUUGUCUCCCGCUCCUUGAAAUACAUAAACCUGUCAGAGAGCAAUGGAAUAUCAGAUGAAGGGAUCAUUGAUCUGGUCCACAACUGCCCCAAUAUUGAAAAGCUGAGUGUGUUUGAGCUGCACAAACUGUCUGACGUGUCCCUAACUCAAGUGGCUGCAAUCCUAGGAGGCACACUUACAGAGAUAGACGCGUCUGAUAUAAACCUUGUGACCUCCCAGUCUACACAGGCAUUGGCUGAGCAUUGCAGGAAUCUCACUGUGGCUAAGUUUGAGAGCUGUGUUCGUCUAGACGGCUCUGGGUUGAUACAGAUGGCUGAACGAUGUGAUCUCACCGAUCUCUGGAUUUCAUUCUGCUACAAAAUCUCGCAGCCAAACAUCGAUAUAAUUGUGAGCCUUCUGAGAGCCAAGGAAAGAAUGGUUACAUUUAAUGCCAUGGGGAUAGGCAUGUCCACACUCUCCAUGCAGAUGAUAGCGGCCAGCUGUCUCACCUCCCUCUCUCUGUGCGGGGUCACAGCUCUCACUGACAGCACUGUCGAUAUGAUCACCAAAGCCACUGGGCAUAGCCUUGUGAAUUUAGACGUCUCUAACUGUCUGUGGCUGACUAAUCGGACACCUGCCGCUAUUGCCCGCCACUGCCACGCCCUGGAGAAGCUGGGACUGAGGAACAUGAAGGAACUAAAUGGCAGAGAGCUAUGUCCAUUGUUCCUCGAUAAAAGAGCCAAAAACUUCAAGUCUAUCACUCUGUCGGGGUCAAAGAAUAUACCAGCUACAGUUGUCUACGACAUAGUAAGCAACUGUACCAGUCUAAAGAUAUUCACUGUGGCUGGUCUGAAAGAUAUAGACGACAGCAUUGCUUUUGCUCUUGCUCAAAACUGCAAGAACGCUUGUCAGAUCAGCCUUAAAAAUUGUGAACUUACAGAUAAAGGUGUUUGUGAGAUUGCAGUGAACUGCUCUAAGCUGACCAUAAUGGCACUGGCUGGUGUAAGUCACCUCACUGACAAGUGUGUCAUUGCACUGGCAGAGAAUUGCCAUGAACUGAGAGAGCUGUACGUGUCGGGCUGUCCAAAGAUCACCAGACAAUGUAUCACCUAUCUCAAGGACUGUGCGAUUGGUCGAGUGUGUGUCAAGCACACCAUCCCGAAUGCCCCCAUUGGACUGCUCAUGGGCAAGGACCUAGAUACUGGACAGUAUACACGAGUUGACAAUGUAGAAUUUGACAGCCUCAAGAGCAAACUAGCAUGAAUAAAACAAACAAUAAUUAUUAAUUAGCUUAGCAAUAAUGUUUUAUCAUGAAUUUUAUCACAUCCAUUUUUGUACAAGCACUCCAAUCUUAUCAUCGUUACCUUGUAUGGAUGAAUCUUAUGGCUGCUGCAA